CGCCGUAGAGACAGUUCUGGAAAAUGGCGGAGAAGAAAAUAGCAGUGCGUUCUCAGGACCCGAGCCAGCGGCGCGUGCUGGAUGUAGCGACUCGGCAGCGGAGGCUCACGCGGCAGCUCGAGGCGCUCGAGAAGGACAACUUCCAGGACGACCCGCACGCGAGCCUCCCACCGCCGGUGAAGCGCCUGCCGCAUUUCGACGAGAGUGACGAACCCGGAAAACGGAGGAAGAAGACCAGAGGUGAUCAUUUCAAGCAGCGUUUCCGGAAAAACUUCCAGGCCCUGCUCGAGGAGGAGGAGUUGAGUGUGAGCGAGGGUCCGAACUACCUGACGGCGUGCGCCGAGCCGUCGAAGCUCCCUCAGCGUCACUUCUGUGCCGUGUGCGGCUUCCCCUCCAACUACACCUGCGUGUCCUGUGGUGCGCGCUACUGCUGCGUACGCUGCUUAGCGACACAUCACGAGACCAGAUGUCUGAAGUGGACCGUAUGAUCCUGCACACGAUGAGUGAAAACCCACUUCACCCUGGAUCGCCUUAGAAUUAAAACUGUGUGUUGGGCUACAGUGCUGAUGGACUGAGAACCCUGGAUUUUUUUUAGCGUCUUCGUG